AAUAAAAAUCAGUCGCUGUAAUCCUUGGUUACGGCGAAGACCUUUCCUCAAAAAAAAUUUUUGUACGAAACUAUAUUAUUAGUAUAUAUACAAUAUAAAAUUCAAUAUAUAUGGUCGAAAAUGAAAUUAAAAGCACCAAAACAGUGGAAUUUAAUUUUAUUUAUUGAAACACUUUUUUUAUUGUUUACUGCAAAAAAUGUAAAUUCAUUGUCAAGUCGUUCGUCGCUAUUACGAAAUACUUACGAGGGAUUGUAUUAUCCAAGUGAUCAUGUAGUUAUUCUCAAUAAUUCCAAUUUUCAAUCAAAUGUUUACAAUAGCAAUUCAAGUUGGAUAAUUGAAUUUUAUUCUCAUUGGUGUGGACAUUGCAUUCGUUUUUCUCCAUUAUGGAAGACGGUUGGCAAAAAUCUUCAAAAUUGGCAGAGUCUUGUAAAAAUAGCUGUGGUAGACUGUGCUGGUGAUGACAGUCCCAUUUGUCGAGAUCAUCAUGUUGUAUAUUAUCCAACGUUGAAAUAUUUUUCUGCUAAUUCUAAACCAGGAACACUUGGAUCUGAUGUGAAGGAUGUAAAGGAUGUUGCUGCUAUGGAAAAAAUUAUUCUUAAUCUCGUUGAAGUUGAGGAACGGGAGGGUCGUGGUUCCUUAUGGCCAAAUAUUUUGCCAUACAGUGCGGAAGAUUUGAAGAAUAUCUGGCAAGCCGUAGCAAAAAAUGUGAAGUACAUAAUUUUAGUAAAUGAAUCUCCAGACUCAAUCAUAGGAACCAGUAUGAUUGUGAAUUUCCAAAAAGUCAUCGAAUUACAUAUUGGAAGAGUAUUAUCGAACGCUACAAACACCACCGUCACUCUAAGCUUUCUUCAGCGUGACAAUACUGAGACGACAAUAACCAUAAACAAUGCCACAAGUGAAAUAAUUGAAAAAACAAUAAAAGACAAACUCAAAGUCCAAGGAGUGCAGGUCGUCUUGCCAGACAGAAGGAAAGACACUGAAAUUAAAGAAUUGCCAACCAUUUCUGAAGUACAAAUGAAUAAUCUCGAGUAUGCUCAUAAAGCCGGAGAUGUUGUGUUUCAGCUCGAUCUAGAAAAAGCUCUUCGCUACUCCAUUAAUCAUGAGGUCGUCAUGACUGCCAACAUCGAUGGUGAAAAAAUGGAAGCUUUAAAGAAUUACCUAAACGUUCUUGUUUCUUACUUCCCAAAGAAAAAUAACGCAGUCCUCUACUUGUUGAAUCUUAAGGAGUUACUUGAAAAUCGAACAUCCAUUACAGGCGAAAGUUUUCGUCAAUAUUCCACCGAAUUUGAAAAACAACACUCUCCUGUUUUCACCGGCAAAGAGGAAUGGAUUGGUUGUCAGGGUAGUUUGAAUUUCCUCAGAGGGUAUCCCUGUGGAAUGUGGACAAUGUUUCACACAUUGACUGUUAAUUUUGCGAACAUGAACAACAUUCAAAAACAAGAUGAUCCUUUGCAAGUUCUAAAGGCAAUGCAUGGUUACAUUAAAAAUUUCUUUGGUUGUCGAUGGUGUAAGGAGCAUUUCGUCGAAAUGGCUGAAGAAAGACAUUUAUUUGAGGUUAAAAGUUUUGACGAAAAUAUCCUCUGGUUGUGGAGAGCUCACAAUCAGGUGAAUAAAAGAUUGGCUGGCGAUGAGACAGAGGAUCCGAAACAUAGGAAAAUUCAAUUUCCUGCUGCAAGUGAUUGUCCAUCCUGCAGAGAUGGCAAUGAUACUUGGAUAGAGAGUAACGUUUUGGCAUACUUGAAGAACAAGUACUCUUACAGUGGGAUCAAUUUUUAUGAAUCUGAUCUUAAAACAAAGAAUCUGCAUUAUAUUGGAGAAAAUUUCGUGCCUUAUUUGUAUUUUAAUCGUAAAUAGAAUAGAAGAAAGAAUGCGGCCUUGGAUCUGCAGCCAACUUCAAAGAGUACGCGUAAUAAUUCCCAAGCAUUUCCAAGGGUUUUCUCAAAAAAAUACAAAAUAAUUUUUAAAGAUAUUGUAGGAAAUGUUAGCUGACAUGUAGACGCAUUGAGUCCAGACCACUUUAACCAAAAAUCUACUCUUAAAUAUUAUUUUAUUAAAAAGAAAAGUUUGACAUUUGUCAACAAUAUAGUCACGCAGUAAAAUGACAAUCGCCAUGUUUUUUUCACAUUAAAAUAGAUGUAGUUUGACAAUUUAUUUAUAAAUAAAUAAUAAUCUUCGAAAAAAUAAA